GAAUUGAAUCUAGAUGGCGCAACAAAAACAGUUAUUUUAUUUUCAUUUUGUGAGUGAAGGUUUGUCCAGCGGAAUUUUCUCAUUUUCAUCCAGAAUUUUCAUUUUAUUGAUUGCGACCACCCGGAAAAAUGGAAAACCAGUCGCCCUUACGACGAUCUAAUGUUGGGGUAUUCAAGACUCCAGCUCUCCCUGAAAUUAACGAUGAUGAAGCUGAGCGUGAAAACACAAGGAGGAGUUUUAUAUCAAAUGCAUCAACCGCCUCCAGCAGCGUUGAUCAAUGCGAAAGCCUCCAAAUGGGGCUCAAAUUGUUCCAGGAGAAUAAAUUCACAAAGGAAAAUGCCUGGAAUAUACCGCUAAUUGAUAGCUUCACGUCACUCAUUCGUAAGCAUCAUAUGGCUGUGGGGAAUCUUCAGAUGGCCGGAUAUGGUUUGGAGGCCUCGACAAAGCUGUGGGCCAUUCGUGUGGAUUCCACACAUGAGAAGUCCAUGCGUCUCCUCAGUGGGCUGGGCAAUAAGAAAGCUUCCCGUCUCGAGGGGGCUGAGAAUGAUAAUUUGUCAGAAACGAUGGCGGGACAGGAAGAGUCAGGUGUUCAGCAGCCUCGAGCCACACGCCGGAAGAAACGCCCAAAGAGUAUGAUUGCUCGCAAUGUGGAGACAAUAAAUGCCAAGCUGGAGACUGUUCCACUUCCGGAUCCAAUCACAGCAUCCCUCAGAUCCGUCUUGGGAAGCAUUGCAAAUCCGAAGAAUCUCCUCUGCAACAGGCUAUCCGAUCGUAAUGGGGUCUUCAAUCUUGAUUCCAAUGCCCCAUUCAAUUAUCCGGAUGUGCGCGUGAACGUACACGAAAAGUCGGACUGGAGUGAUUCCAAGAUGUUCACCAUUGCUGUUGAGGACAUCGGGCCAGAGGAUCGCAUCAGGCCCAUGAUGACGCACUAUGAGAUUAAGGAUACACCAGCAGAUGAGGAUGAGGAAAUUCCUUGGGAAGCUUCUCAACUCGGUGGGAAUGGGAAUGGAAAUAUGUCGCUGGCAUUUGACAUGGAUGCCGAGGUAGAGCCUCUGCCGGAACUUCUGGAUGACUUUAUGCCCAUGAGUGAGCCCAUUGAGCAGGAUUUUCCGGAUGUGGGUGAAAUAACAGAGGAAGACAGGGCUGUAAUUCUCGCCAGCAAGGUUGUUCGUCCAAAUCCAAUAAGAAUUCACGACCUUCGUCCCACUGAGGCAAAUCACAGUCGCCUCGAGUACUCUUAUAGACCGCUUGAGAUGAUCAAUCAGUACUGGGCUGGACCGUCACACUGGAAGUUUAAGAAGACACCCAAACUGAGCCUUGUGGGGGCAGAAGGAAGACAAUCGACUGCUGCAGUUGGCCGACAGCGUCGCGGAGGGCGUGCAACUCAGCGUUUUGAGGCAUUUGUAGAUCCUGACGAGGAGAUUUUCUUCAAUACAAAAGACACAAAAUUGCGCCAAAUGAAUAGUCGGAAGAAGUGGGAGCAGAAGCUAAAGCUGCCGACGGACUUUAAGUUUGAUCGUGCAAUGUUCAAUAAGUACAAAUUUGCCCAGGGAGUUAUGGUGAUGGAUGCAAAUAGUGAUGCAGCCCAGGCGAUGUUACCCAUUGGUGAUGAUUACAAUUACGAUAACCCUGUGGACAGGAGCUACUGCAGCAAUGUCAUCCAGGAGGAUACUGAUACAGAGACAGGAACCGAUGCUGGUGGUGGAGAAGAUGCCGGUGCAGUUGGGGGUGAUAAUGCAAUGGAAGCUGCAGCAGAUGGAGACGGUGGGGAGGUAGAGAAUGCCACAAUAGGGCACUUUGGUAUGGAAUACGAAAAUGCUCCGGAAAAGGUUGAAAAGAUUGUCCUACCGUACUCAAAGCGUCCCAAAUUUGUGGAUAUGAAGCAACUGAAGAAGGCCUGCUGGCAUCUCAUCAGUGUGGGAUGCGGGAAAACUGGCACAAUCUCCUUCAUGAAGCUCUAUCGUGCACUUCCUGCCCAACUUAGCCCAAUGAUGCGGAAGAAUCUCAGCAUGGCACUAGCAUUCUAUGCAAUCCUCCAUCUGGCCAAUGAGCAUGGCCUUGAGCUCAUCCAGCGUACUGACUUGAAGGACUUUGGGAUUAAAUUACCAGAAUCCACUGCUCCUGCUCCUCAUACCCCCCCUGAGUAAAAACCAUCACAUUUAUGUAUUUUCUUCCAAAUUGAUUUAAUUAAUAAUAUUAUUUUUUGCGAGAAUUUCAA